CAGCGAUCGGCUCGACUUCGUCGUCGACUCCGGCGCUCUCGUGUCUCCCCGGUCGGCUUCGCGUCACUUCGGAGUCAGUGCGUUCGCAUCCGUCUCCGGGGUAGGGCUGCGGCUCGUUCUCUCCGGCUGCACGUGCUGUGUUACCGCUCAAGAGAGAGAGAGAGAGAGAAAGACACACCGUGUGGAGCGGCGGCGGCGGCGGCGUCGUCGUUCCGAGUAAAAUAUUUGGAGGAACUAACCGUUGUGUGUGUGCUAGUGGCCGGUACGCGCGAGACGCACACGUGUGCACACACUCGGUGCAUGUGCGAGAGGCUGCUGGCGACGUAACGCGUGUUUACGGAUCUGAUUUAGUGUUCCCGAUCGCGCUCUGUCUCUCCGGCGUAUACGCUCUCGCCUGCAGCAGCGGCCAACCGCCGUGUACAGCGGCAGGAAAACGACGACCACUAUCGCGCUACUACUACCACGGGCGAGCUCCACACUCGCCGGAGCUACGCGCUCCGUUUUUAUCGGGACGCGAGGGAUAAUGGAUUAAUUUUCGCCGGGGUGAGCUGCCCGACGCGGCGGCGGUUGCGACUACUACUCUCAGCACGGUACCAGGCGAUCGAGCGAAGCAGCGGGAGUCCGCGAUAAAUCAAGGCGGGCAGUUAUGCGAGCUAUGCAGCCAUGAGCCGGCCGUCCUUGAACACGAGACCCGCGCGACGGACGAAGCUGUUCCCAGCCCGAACGAUGGCGGGUCUGUUGAUGCUGCUGGUGCUCGCGACGACGUUGUCGGACGCACGGUCGGAAUCGGCGAUCAGUCCGGUAGGUAGCGUGGGAUCAGGCUCAGGUGUCUCGUCCGGCUCCUCCUCGUCGUCGUCGUCGUCCUCCUCGUCGUCGAUCGGCGUGGUGUCCGACGGCGGUUCCAGUUCGGGCAACAACGGCAUGGGCGGCGUGGCGAACGGCGGAAACGGCGUGAUGGGCGGCGCCGGUGGUGGCAUNGAUCGCGGAGUGUCCACCCCCGCCGGUGGUGGCAUCGCGAACGGCGGCGGGGGUGGACACUCCGCGAUCGGCGGCGGCGGGAACGGUCGUUGCGAGGAGAUCACGAUUCCCAUGUGCCGCGGCAUCGGCUACAAUCUGACCGCCAUGCCGAACGAGCUGAAUCACGACAGUCAGGACGAGGCCGGGUUGGAGGUGCAUCAGUUCUGGCCACUGGUGGAGAUCAAGUGCUCGCCGGACCUCAAGUUCUUCCUAUGCUCCAUGUACACGCCGAUCUGCCUGCCGGAGUACACGAAACCGUUGCCGGCUUGCCGCAGCGUGUGCGAGCGAGCGCGCGCCGGCUGCGCGCCGUUGAUGCAGCAGUACGGCUUCUCGUGGCCGGAGCGUAUGGCGUGCGACCGAUUGCCGAAUCACGGCGACCCGGAACGCCUCUGCAUGGAGCAGGACAAUCGCACGAGCAGCACAGGUACCGGCGGCGGCGCCGGCAGCAUCGGCUCGCCGAGCAGCGGCGCCCCGGCGCCGCCGGGUUCGCCGGCGCGACCCACGCGACCCUCGAAGACCGCGCAACCAGCCCGCUGCAAGCCGGGUAAGAACCAAAAAAACUGCCAGCACCCCCCGGGGGAGAGGACGAGGGAUUGCGCGUGCAGGUGCAGGGCGCCCCUCGUGCCCCUGGGGGCGGUGGGCACGAUAUUACCAGGACCGAUAGGCGGCGUCAGCGGCAGCAUCAGCGGAAGCACCAGCAACGGGGUCGGCCUGGCCGGCAUGACCGUAAGUGGAGCGAUCCCGGCGCCGCCGCCAAUGGGAAUCGGCCGCAACGUCAUCCAGGACAUUGCGGGGGUGCAAGACUGCGCCCUGCCGUGCCACGGCGCGUUUCUCACCACCGAAGAGCGAGGAUUCGCAGCCGUGUGGCUGGCUCUGUGGAGCGGACUGUGCGCCGCCAGCACUCUGGUGACCGUCACCACCUUUCUGAUCGACACCCAGCGUUUCAAGUAUCCUGAGAGGCCGAUAGUCUUCCUCUCGGCCUGCUACUUCGUCGUCUCGGUCGGCUACCUGUCGAGGAGCGUGUUCGGCCACGAGGAAAUCGCCUGCGACGGUCUGGCGUUGAAGUCCGGCGCUCAGGGCCCGGGCGCCUGCGUCACCGUCUUCCUCAUGAUCUACUUCUUCGGCAUGGCCUCCUCGGUCUGGUGGGUGAUCCUGGCGUUCACGUGGUUCCUCGCGGCCGGCCUCAAGUGGGGCAACGAGGCGAUAGCGUCGUACUCGCAGUACUUCCAUCUGGUGGCCUGGCUCGCGCCGACGGUGCAGACGGUUUGUGCGUACGUCGCCGGCGGAGUAGCCGGUGAUCCGGUAGCCGGGGUCUGCACCGUGGCACCCGAGGGUGUGCGCAACUUCAUAUUGGCGCCUCUGUUCGUCUACCUGCUGCUGGGCACGAGCUUCCUCCUCGCCGGCUUCGUCAGCCUCUUCCGUAUCCGAUCGGUGAUCAAACGGCAGCCCGGCGCUAAGGCGGACAAGCUCGAGAAGCUGAUGAUACGCAUCGGCGUGUUCAGCGUUCUCUACACCCUGCCGGCGGGAAUAGUGUUGGCCUGUCACAUCUACGAGUCGGCUCUGCGAGACGAGUGGCUCGGCUCGCUGGCGUGCCCGUGCCGGCCGCGAGCGAGGCCGCUCUACUUCGUCCUCAUGCUGAAAUACUUCAUGGCGCUCGCGGUCGGCAUCACCUCCGGCGUCUGGAUCUGGAGCGGCAAGACGGUCGACUCCUGGAAGCGGCUGUGGAGGCGCUUGUUCGGCGGCGAUCACGGUGCGACCGGGCACAUGGCCGCCGCCGGCAUGGUGGCCGGCGUGACCGGGGUCAGCGGCGGUAUCGGCAGCGCCAGCAUCAAGGGUGUCGUCGGCCGCGUGCCGUAUCCACCCGCGCCCGGCCCGGGCAGCGCCCUCCUGCCGCCCGGCAGUGUCGCCAGCGCGUCCCAGCACCACCUCCACCAUCACGUGCUCAAGCAACCUCCGCUCUCGCACGUAUGACGUCACCAGUCGGCGGGAGGCGACAUGAACACCGCUGGAUGCGAGCAGCCGCAGCAGGAGAGGCCUUCCGCCCUUAGCAACUACGGGCCCAUCUAGCCCUUCGCCUCGGCCUCGCGCAGGCACAACGCGUCGCACACGGCACCGCACACCGCGCCGCACACCCCCCACUCGGCCGCGACGAUAUACUCGAGGAGAUCGCUCGCGUCCGCGACCGGACCGCUCACGCCGGCCCACGGCAUCGCGCCUUCCUACACCCAAGCCACCGAGGUGUGAGGCGAACCCUCGUCAUCGGUGCUCCUCGCCAUUACCCGAUAUACGUAUUCGUAAUAAUAAUAAUGUUCAUUAUUAUUAUUAUAUUAGCCUGUACGUGUCUUCUUCUCCCGCGGGGAUCUCGAGAAAUCCUCUCUUCAAGCUCAUCGGGGCGGUCGUCGAUGACGCCUCCUCGCCGGUCGAUGCGAAGAACCGAGUCCUGGUGGAACGAGACGCGGUGGAAGGAAGCGAACGCCGGCAGAGGGGGGGAUCGCUCGAGUGCCGCGGUAUAGUGAGAUUGUGAUUUAGACGAAAGACUUCGUGAACGAAGAGCUGCGCGCGAGCAGCGGACGCUCGAUAGAUUUCUCUGUCUUUAUCCGUAUCUAUCUAUCUAUUCUCUCUCUAAUCUUUCUUACAUUCUCGUAGCGGCGCUCGUAAAGCCCGCGGUGUCCGUCUAACGUGUAUCGUCUCGUCUAUUUAUCUAAUCUAGCCGUUAAAAGAGCAGAAGCCACGUCGAAGGUGUGUGUGUGUGUGCACGAGUGCGACGCGUGUCGCAUCGUGCGAAAGCGGCGGCCUGCUCGCUCUCUCUUCCCACCCUCUUCGAAAAAGGAGGGCAACUGCCGCGGUGUCCUCGACGAGUCCUCGAGGUCCCUUACUCCGGGUCCUUCUCGCGAAACGACCGAACCAAAUUCUUCCCCACUGCCACGCCUCGCGACAGAGAGAUCGCGAAAGUCUGAAAGUAGCUCACCGACCAGAGGAGAGCAGGCUGCCGCCUGUGGCGAACCGCAGAUAGGACACGAGUGUGUGUAUAGGCAAGUCGUCGAAGGAGCAACGAGGCGGGGAAAUAGACUAAUGUAAAUAUUGUUCUUAGAUAUUAGUCGCGCUGUAAAUAAAAACGGUCGCCAGGCACGUUGUAGGGUGUUUUUUUUUCUUCUUUUUUUCCCGAUAAACGCGAGGACGGGCGAUCGCGUUCGUGGCGAGCGUAUCGUCGACGCGCGGUCCCUUCACAGAGAGAGCAAUCGUUAGUCAAUACUUGCCGUUCGGCCGCAAUGCAGCGGGUUAGGUUCGUCGGUUGGACCGCGUUCUGCAAUGUCGAGCUAUAAUCCGCCACUUUCGCUGACUUUCCUCGAGACAAGCUACGCGAGAUUCGGGUCUUUUGAUGAUUUGGUAAAUUUAGCUUACAAUCAUUCUUAAUAUUCCCUUCUAGUUUCACGUUGACGCGUUUCUCUCUCUCUCUCUCUCGAUCAGGAGCAGGUUGCUCCGAAUUAAUUGACAUUUGACGAAAAUUUGAGGAAGAUUGAUGAAAUCUGACGAAGAAUCUGUCGUUUCGUUAAGUUCUCCGACUUGUAAAUACUUGUAUUAUAUCGAGUCUUCAGAUCGUACGUUUACUUUAUUUUUCUUUAAAUUUGUCAUUUUAUAAUCAUUUUAAUAUUCUUUUCUAAUUUCACGUUUCAUUGACGUUUCUCUCUCGAUUGGAGACAGGCUGCUCCGAUUUUAUUGAUAUUUAACGAAAAUUUUAGGAAGGUUCAUGAGAUCCGGCAGAAUCUGUUAUUACGUUACGUUCUCCGAAAUACAUACUAUAUACGUAUCGAGUCUUUAGAUCGUAUGUUUGCUUUCCUAUUUUUAUUUCUUACUUUAUACGAUAAGAAUGACUCUUGGUUCCAAAGGUUGCAUAACGCGGUCCGGAUUAAUCCGCGCGUUGUUGUACGCAAUAUUAUCGAUUUAGAUUUCACUCCCGUCGCCACGAGCGGACGAUCGUCGUCACAGAAUGGAAGAAUCCAUGCGCGCGUCCAACGAGUGCGUAACAAUACAUAUUAUAUAUAUAUAUAUAUAUAUAUAUUUAUAUAUAAUAAGUAAAAAACACACACACACAUAUAUAUAUAUAUAUAUACAUAGGUCCGCCUCGCGAAGAUCACAAUAUAAUUUAACAGUCGGUGUACUAGGUCGAACCUUUUUAUACCGUAAGUAAAGGCGUGUCACUUCCGUCGCGUUCGCGGGGCACCGAUGAUAACACAGAACGGAGAGAGAACGGCGCGACGCCUUUGUAUUUUUACCGUUGGAUCGGCUGCUUCGCACGUGUCGCGAAGGGCGGCGCGAUAGCGGAGGAGGAAGAGGACGCGAAAAGGGGCUCGAGAGCCGCCCUGCUUCGCCCGGGGGCGCGAAGCAGCCCCGGAAGGAAAUUUAUACACCCCCUCCGGAGGAUAGCGGGUUAGAGGAAAAUUAUGCACGCGCGCGUAUGUAAGUCCCGGUGAUUUAGAAGUAGCGCCAAAGCGAGAUUACGCACGAGACGUAUUACGGGAGGAGGCGUCGCGCGCGAGCCCUUUUAAACACGUAUUGUAGGGCGGCGUUGCUGACGCGCGCGCACCAUAUGCCAGUCACCGGUAAUAUCGUGCAUUCGGGAUCUCCGCCGGAAAAAGCGCGGAGAAAGCGCGAGAGAUAUCGUGGAACUUCUCCGGCGCCGCCGUUUAUCUCGCGAUAGAACUACGACCGGACGUAAUGAAAUGCGACUGUGUGUGUGAGACCGUGUUUGAUCGAGCGAACGAAUGAUAUAUUUAUCCGGGUUCCCCCGGAGAUCCGACGACGAAACGCAAUAACGCAAGAAACUCUCUCGGCUCGAUUAAACUUCACGACGAGCGGAGGAAACGGUGAACAGAAGGAAGAUACACCGUCAAUAGGGACAAUCGCGCGGAUCGCUGCCCGGCUAAUUUCUCCGUUACGAGGGAGAUGCAGAAAGCGGGCGCGCGGUAAGAAACGGACAAACUGUCUCGUACAACUUAAAGGAAAGAAAUGCGUAACCGUCGUGUCUUAGACGGAGACCUCUGCCAAACGGAACGUACACGCGUAAUGUUAUUAAAGAAGAAAAUAAAAGUAGCGCGAGAGUAAAGACAUUUUACAAUUAGUGUCCACAUAUCACUCCAAUGCAUAAGAGGGGAGGGGAGGGAAGGAGGGAAGAAGUAAUCGAUGUCGCGCGCGAAAGCGUGAGGGGGGAGGGGGGAGGUAGAAAGUGAGAGGUAGAAUGCGAGCGAAGUGCCAGGAUGCCGAGCGUCGAGAUCGUAAGUACCGGAAAUGCGGUGGUCUCGCUCUUUCUCUCUCUCUGUCUUUCUCGUUCGCUCGCUCGCGGAUUGCCGAAGAGAUCCACGCGCGACGAAAGUGGUAUUGACGGGACGCGGCGUAGAGGAAAACGAGGAUAGAGAAAGAGAACGGGAGUCUCUUUAUAAAGCGAGUAUUUGUAAGUCACUUUUUGUCACACUGAUUGUCAAUAAAAUGGAGAAAUACUGUGUGUAAUAACGAGUGUGUUUCGAGACGAGGCGAGCCGCGGCUGGCGGCUGAUUACCUCUCGAGAAGAACGAAGCGCGAUAUCGGAGAGCGCCCGCUCCUCUCUUCGCCUCCCUUUCUUUUCUUUUAUCAUCCGUGCGUUUUCCUCGUUCAGCAUUUAUGUUCUGCGGCUCGCGCACGACGACGAGUUUGACGUACACGCGGCCGCCGCGCCGGUCGCUUUGUACAAUUUUUUUUACGUUGCCAUAGUAACCGUAGAUGAUGUAAUCGACCGUCUCCCCGUCGGUCGCGAAAGAAAAAAGUAUAUAUAUAUAUAAAAAAAGGAAACACAUAUAUGUGUAUAUAUAUAUGCACACACACUCGCGCGUGUAUAUACAUACGCGUAUAUUCGAAUUGUAUACGAUUUUUAAUACACUUUAUUAUUAUUUAA